CAUCACCCCAGUAUGACCCACCACCCCAGUAUGACCCGUUACCCCAGUAUAAACCUGAAGCAGAUUCAUUAUCAUUUCAGCAAUCAUCACAACAUCAAAUGGAACUUUUACAGGAGGAUGCUGAUAAUUUAUUUG